UUCAAAUCUUGAACAGAUGUUUCUUUAAUAAAAAACAGGAACGGAGGCGACUGGUUUGGAGAAACGUCGGCUCAUAAACUUUCCGCGUUUGUGGAAUUAGGAUAGAUAAACGAUAAUUAUUUAAUAUAGCUAAGUCAGUAGAUUUGAACAAAGAUAAACUAUUAUCGGAAUGGAUCCGUUUACCGAGAAACUCCUGGAGAGGACCCGUGCUCGCAGGGAGAACCUGCAGAAGAAGAUGGCAGAGAGGUCCACUGCUUCCAACAGACAGAUGGCCAAGAGAGCUAGGGAGCCUCUGGCUGAGACUUGCAACAGCCUGGUCACAGAGCCUGUCGUCGACAAAGCCCCCCAACAUUCCACCAAGCCCUCUCCCUCCAAGCGGAGUCGUUCAGGUGAACUUGACAAGCCCACCAUUAUUGGUGAGGAGAACAGGGAGCCUGCAAUGCCUCCUCGCACCCUGACCCCUACUCAGUCAGAUCCCCAGACUGACAGGAAGCCCCCAACAGGCCCAGCCAGCAUCCUCUCUGCCUCUUCUCUAGAGAGGGUGGAUGUCUGCCCUGCUCCUCCCAUUCCUGAACCAGGGGCCAUGGUGGCAACACAGCUUGUCCCAGAGCAGGUCAGGACCAGGGAGGUAGCGCGCCCUGCCCCAAAACCAGAGAAGGUGGCUGUGAGUACUGCUCCACGGAGGACCAGGGAUGUGGAGGUGGUGCCUACUAGCCCAGUUCUUCAGAGGAGCAGAGAAGAGCAGAGGGAGGCUCCCACCUCCUCCACCCCGGCUGCCAUGAAGUCUCGCCUGGCCAGACUAGCUGAACAGAGGCAGUACUGGGACUCUGAAGGUACAUCUGAGGUUCCAGACAUCUCAGCAGCUCUGUCUCCAGUGAAGAACCAGACACAGUCGAGGCAGGCUGUAGCCCCAGUCCCCACACCCGUCCAUGCUGCUGCGUUCUCAGAGGCCCCUGUAGGCAGGAAGGGUCGGCUGGCCAACCUCGCAGCCACCAUUGGGUCCUGGGAGGAUGACCUCAGCCACGCGGACACUCGCAGCAGCAGAGACAAUGCACAAGGGAAGCCUGGUAGUGUCAGUACCGCCACCCCUGCUUGGAGGAGACAGGCUGGAGCCAAACCCACCUCUGCUGCUGCAGACCGUCCACAAAUGAGUCAGUCAUCAAACAGAAAGCCUGCUCUGGAUUCCAACCAGCAGCCUGUCCACUCCCCAGUCAAGUCCACCAGAGCGUUCCCCCCCAGCCCUCAGAAGACUGAAGUACCUGAAGCCAGACCAGCUCUACGGACAGGCAGAGGUCUCCCCUCUCCUGUAUCCAGUCCCCAGAGGAGUUACCAGGGGAGAGCCUCAGCCUUCACCCCCAGCCCCCAGAAAGGUGCUUUCUCCUCAGCCUCACCUGUGCCUCAGAGCCCCCUGAAGAACCAGGCCCUGUCCCGAGCCCUGGAGGUCAACGGUAGCCCCGAGAAGCCAGAGCUCCCCACACAGCCCUCCACCAUCGGGCCCACUGGACCCUCUGUCCUGCAGACCAGGGAGAGGUUCACCAAGGAGACCACCCCGGCCACUCCCCUGCAGCAGAGAGGCACCGCUGGAGCAACUGGACCAUCUGUCUUGCAGACCAGGGAGAGGUUCACCAAGGAGACCACCCCGGCCACUCCCCUGCAGCAGAGAGGCACCGCUGGAGCAACUGGACCAUCUGUCCUGCAGACCAGGGAGAGGUUCACCAAGGAGACUACCCCGGCCACUCCCCUGCAGCAGAGAGGCACUGCUGGAGCAACUGGAAAUCCAGCAGGUGUCAAGUCGUUCAUGGAGCGUUUUGGGGAGAGGUGCCAGGAGCGUUCUGGCCUGAGUUCCCCUGCUACCUGCCAUGGAGCAGCCACUCAUAACCCAAAUGUAGUGAACCCGUCUCGGGCAGGCCUGGCUGGUCGUACCCCUGUAGUGAGCCAGUCUGUGACCCCCAACACCAGGCUGGUGCAGGAGAGGCUGAGAGCUGCCCAGGCUGCCAACACUGCCACCGCCCUUGCACAGAAACAGAAACUGGAGCGUGAGUCGGAAUUGGCUCAGAUUCGUAACCGUUUCCAGAAAGGGAACAGCAUUUGGAAGAACAAGGAGGAGGUGGCAGACACGAAGAAACUCACACAGGCCAAGGAUCUGAUUGAGCAGCCUGAGGAGAGGGGGCCUGUUGUCUCCCAGCCUGAUGAUGAGCCAACAGCUUCCCCUCUGGAUAGCCUGAAUGCUGCUCCCAAGAAACCCACCACCCCAACCUCCAUCCCUGUGAAGAGAGUAGAAUUCUCAGCGGAGAAGCCUUCUGAGGAAGAAACACAGGAGGAGGAAUCAGACGAAGAAGAGAGUCAUGAGAUGGAGAUGAACGUGGACCAGUCCAACAACUCUGAGAUCAACAACUUUGACGGGUUCCAGGACCAGAGUGAGGAGCUGAGUGGUGAGGAAGGAGAAGAGGAGGAAGAUAAACUGAACAUCUCCUCGAUGUCCAUCCUGGCCCCCUUCUCUGAGUCUGUGGCUGCUGUGAUCAAGAGCCCAGUAAGGAAGAUGAUGACGUCGACCCCAGCCAGUUCAUUCAACGCUAAGAGCCAGACUCCUGACAUUGUUUCCAGACCCAGUAAAUUCCAAAGGGCUCGCUUGCUCCGGGCUGGAUCAUCAGACAGCCUAGAGACAGACGAACAUGAGGACCACAACCUUCCCUACAGUAUUGAUGCGUACAGGUCGACCAGGAUCAAGGAGAGUACCGAGAGGCCCUGUGUGAAGCAGGUCAUCGUGAAGAAGGAGGACGUGUCUCGGAGAGCAGCAGAGGAGCCUAGGAGCCAAGGACACACCAGCAUCAAACAGAAGAUGAAGGUUCUGACCUAUGAGAUGAACCUGCAGCAGACUGUGAUCAGCCAGGCUAGCCAGGCCCUGAACUGCUGUACUGAUGAGGAGCAUGGGAAAGGCUCGCAGGUGGAGGCAGAGGCUGAGAGGCUGCUGCUCAUAGCCACGGAGAAGCGGGGGGCACUGAAGGCAGAGUUGGACCGUCUGAAGGGAGAGGGUCCUAGCGGUCAUAGGAGGGGGCAGGGUGGGGACAUGGGGGUCUCCGCCUCCAAGGGAUCCAUCUCUCUCCUGGAGCUACGAUUGCCCCUCAAGGCUGACUUUGUCUGCUCUGCUGCUAACAAGCCAGAGUGGUCCAGCCAUUACUUCUUCAUCAUGAUCCGUGCUGGAGCUGAGAAUACAGUUGCUACUCCACUAGCCAGCACAAGUAGCGCUAUCAGUGGAGAUGCAAUCACCUUCUCUACCAAGUUCACCAUGCCUGACGUCUCUAACGACUUUGCAAUUGAUAUUGAGGUUUACUGCCUGGUGCAGAAGCGCGAGUUGAACCCUGACAAGAGGAAGAAGCCCAGCAAGUCAAAGGCCAUCACUCCCAAGAGGUUCCUCUCUAAGAGCAGUUUGACUCCAGUGGUGGCCAGUCCUGGGGGCCCUAAUACAGUCCGCACCAGUAACUUUGUCCUGGUCGGGUCUCACAAGCUGACUCUUGCGUCAAUUGGGAAAAACAAGUUUCUAUUGGAGAAGGUGCCUUUCCUGUGCCCCAUGGAGGGCCAUAUCUACCUGAAGAUGCAGUGUGAGGUGGGCUCCCUGGUGGAGGAGAGAGGCUUCCUGACUAUGUUUGAGGAUGUGAGUGGAUUCGGAGCAUGGCACAGGAGAUGGUGUGUCCUGUCAGGAUACUGUAUUUCCUACUGGACCUACCCUGAUGAUGAGAAACGCAAGAACCCAAUGGGUCGCAUCAACUUGGCCAACUGCACCAGUCGUAAGGUGGAGCCAGCCAACCGAGAGUUCUGUGCCAGACCCAACACCUUUGAGCUGAUCACCGUCCGGCCUCAGAGAGAGAACGACAGAGAGACGCUCGUCAGCCAGUGUGAAAACACCAUGUGUGUCACCAAGAACUGGCUGUGUGCUGACACAAAGGACGAGAGGAACCUGUGGAUGCAGAAGCUCAACCAGAUCCUGGUGGACCUGCGCAUGUGGCAGCCAGACUCCUGCCACAGGCCUGUGUGAGAGCACAGCUCCCCUGCCUGGACUAGAGGGCUAACAACACCCUGCAUGGUUCUGGGUCUUGCAUAUGGACUGUCACGAUCAGUGACACUUACGAUGACUAAGUGCAAUACAGUAUUAAAGUUAUUAAAUAGGAUUUACAGGUGUAUUAUAUUUUUAGAGAUGCUUUAGUGGACAGUCAAGACAAUUUUUAAGUCAGGGAUGGGCAACUGGGGGCCCCCUUUUGUAGCCCCCCAUUCUCCAACUCAGUCUGGGUCUCAACCAGGGUUUUCAUUAGGAAAAUGGACGUUUGACCAGCCACAUUUUAAUUUACAGGACAUUUGAGAAAUCUGCCGGAGCCAUAUGUAUUGGCUGCGUAAUCUGAUUAGGGUGUCCACCCACAGUGCUCAGAAUGACAGAAAUCACAUUUUGAUUAUGGUAAAGUCAUAUUAAUAGAACAUUCAAGUCGGCUGCAGCGAUGUGCGGUCCUGAUUCUGAUGGCCACUUUGAAGUUGUUAGAAUCACUGUCCACAUUUACCUUUCCUCGGCCAACAACACGAGCCACGGACAGCAAAACCACUAGCUAUGUCAAUCUACUAUCCUUCAUAGUAGAAAAGUUGACCUAUUCUAUUGGUCAGCUUGUUGAGAAAUAGCCUAUUCCAAACAGACUCAGACUCUGCCCAAAUUCAUACAAUCAGUAGGCCUAGGCAACAUAAUAAAUGACCUUAAAGCAAUGAAUCUGAUGCAACCAAUCCAAACGUUUAGCUUAAUGUUGAUAAACUAUGAUCCCAUGGUGCUUGCAGUGCCAGGGUUGUGGGUUCGAUUCCCACAGGGGACCAGUACGAAAAUAUAUGCACUCACUACUGUAAGUCGUUCUGAAUAAUAGCGUCUGCUAAAUGACAAAUGUAAAUGUAUUGACAUUAUAAGCUCAGCAAUGUUCACAAGGCAGUAGGCUAUGUGCAAAUGUUUGUUCCAUAAUACAGUUACUGGGAAAAGACCAAAAGAGCACCGCACCUGCAAGCAGUUUCAUGUGAUAGAUGAAAAUAUCUGUUAGACAUUUAGAAAGAGGAGAUCUAAUAAGCUAGGUUCAGGUUUCAAACAAUGAAGUAUAUGUUUUCAAAAUGCAUAGCCUACUGCCUCCAAAGUGGUGUGUGACACGCUGAUGAAGCCUGUCUUCUGUUGCUGUUUGAGAUGCUGCAGCAGCUCUCACUGUCUUACAUAUUUUCCGCUCUCUGUAUGCUGUAGGGGUGUGAUAAAUAAGAUGCAUAAAGAAUAUACUGUAGCCUACGCAUGCGCCAAUUUAAUUCCACUAAAUGAUGCAAAUGAACCUAUAGACCGAUAAGCAUGACAAGUCAAAUGUAUUUCCAUCAAUGAAUAGGCAACAACAAAAAACAUUUCACAAUGGGAUUCCCCCCCGGACAAUUUGCAGGUGCAACUUUAUAUCGUCUUUUCAACUUACCGUUGAGAGGUAGAAUUUAGAAAUGUGGUUGUGCAUCAGCAGUUUCUGUUAAGGCAGUCACUCAAUUAUCCCAUGUCAGCAAAAAAAAAAUUUGAUUGGUAAGUUAGUCAUGGUCGAAUUACAGAUGGGGGCCCCAUUUAGUCCGCUGUCAAGGGGGGCCGUUUAAAAUGUUUUUCUCGGUCACUGCAUGUGUGUUUAUGGAUGUGGGUACUCAGACCCACAAGCCACUGGGGCCCCUCAUGAUGAGUUAGGAUUUCGUGGGCCCCACCCUUAUCAACGUUGCUUAUUCCUGGUUUAAGUUAUGAGUGUGAGAGAAAUAUCAGUAAAGCCAUACUUGUGUAGAUAUUUCAGUAUUGACAAGGGCUGCUUUUACACAGUCCACACUGACCCUGUAUUUUAUACGCACGUCCAAAGUGUUGGGAGGCCAUACCCUCAAAUAUUUGAGAGAAUUGAGAAAGUAGCAUUUUGGUUGUCUAUGCUUAUACUCCCACGAUGCAUCUUGCUGACGAGAUAUGGCUUCAUAGGUUGACUUUGUUUUGUCUAAUUUAACAUUUUGAAUCAAUAUUUAAGUUGAUGUGUCACAAAACCAAUUCUAGAAUUGUCGGUGCAAAGGUUAUGCACCAGAAUAUUGUGUGUGAAUGCUCCACUUUUUCAUAGUAUUGGGAGAAUGGCAUGAUUGAAAGCACUGUUGAACAACCGUAACACCUAUCUGAUGAUUUUAGAUUUAGCCACACAAUUCUCUACUUCAAUACCCUUUUCCUUUUUUGCUAUUCCCUUUUUUCCCCCUUUGCAAUCUUCGCUAACCUUAUAUUUAUCAUGUUGCGCCCUGUGGGUAGAAACUUCUAGGCUGUCGAGACUACCGAACAAAAAGGCCUUUAAUAUGGUUUGUUUUUAUGUCAAUGUUUUAUAUUUUUGUGUCCAGGUUUUAAAGGGUUACAGUUAAACAGGGGGUGUGGAUCUGCAGGUAUUGGUAUAUUAUACCACCAUUCUAUUGUAAUGGAAAACUUUGACAGUUGAGAUUAUUGCAAAUCCUUUUUUGUAUGGGCAGAUUUCUAUUCUCAUUUUAAGUAUAGCUAGCUCUACACUGUCAUUAAGUUAAAAGCUUAUUCUCAGUUCAAGUUUUAAGCAUGUGCUUGGAGGACUGAAGAUGCUAUUCGCUCUUGUGAUUUUUACAGUGAUGUUUUGGGGAGGGUAAUAUGCCUUAUCUAACCUUCUCCAAAUGUUGGCAGUUCUAUCAUAUCCCCUGAUCUGUCCUGUCUAAAUGCCAGUCUUUCAUUGUAACAACAAGCACUCCAAAGAUUCAUUGGAUGUACUGGUAUUUCUAAAAAUGAGACUUAAAUAAAAGCCAGCUUUAACCAAAA